AUGGAGACAACCGAAGUUUUUAUCGAUUCAUAUGCUGUCCUGGGGGUGGCUCAAGAUGCCAGCAUCAAGGACAUCAAUGCUGCGUACAAGCGUCUAGCCUUAAGAUUCCACCCUGACAAGGCUGGAAGUCAUGCGGAGGCAAUCACGCAGUUUCAGAAUCUUCAAGAUGCAGUUGAAAUUCUCCGUGACCCAUCUCGCCGCCGUGAUCUUGACAGGACCUUGGACUCGAGGGGAAACCGGCACCGAAAUCGUUACGCCUCAAACAACUGGUCGUAUCAUGAUCGCAACGCUGAGACCCACCAAUUUUCGUCGAAGAGACAGCGUGGUAAAUAUGGCUUCGCAUCCAGAAAUCGAGGACAGCAAAAGCCUCCCUAUUCCAAGAAAGAGUUUGACGACCUGCUGAGGCGGCAAGAGCAGUGGCAACAGAGUUCAUAUAACUCUGGCACCAGUCGCUACACGUACAGUUAUGGGCACAGUGUGCACAUGGACCCUGAGUCUGAGGAGUCCAAGGCCACCAGGGCAAGAUAUCAUGCAGAGAACGUCCAGUGGGAACGGGAGUGGGCGGGUAUCGACUCAGAGGUGGAGAAAGCACGAGCAGAGUCUCGCAAAGAGGCCAUGAGAGCCAGAGUGGCCCGUGACAUGGCACAAAUGGAAGUCGAUGAGGUGGAAGCCAAGAGGGAAUCACCUCCUGUGGACAGCCCUGCCAAACCCAUUGUCGACCCUUUGAACACGGCCAUCGAUAACGCGGUGAAUGGGAUUCAACUCUGUGCUGGGUUCUGGAAUUAUGCCAAUGGCCUGGCUCCCCAUCCCGAGGAGAAUGUCAAAAAGGGCUUCUCUCAUGCAUUUGGUGGCUUCGAACACUACAAGCUUGUCAAAGAGCCCGUGAUCAUGGACAACAAGCCCCAGGAUAGCAAGCUCGGGGAUAGCAAGGAAAUUCCCGCUACAUCAGAAGUUCCGACCAAUCCUCUUGCUUUUGCUGGCUUCGAGCACUACAAGCAUGUCAAAGAGCCCGUGAUCAUGGACAACAAGCCCCAGGAUAGCAAGCUCGGGGAUAGCAAGGGAAUUCCCGCUCCAUCAGAAGUUCCGAUCAGCCCUCUUGCUUUUGCUGGCAAUUUGCCAACCACUCCCUCUUUUAACGGCUCCUCGGUCAUCAACAGCUCAGUCAAAAGCCACCAGGCGAGCGAGCGUCCCAUCAGUCCUAUUGUUAGCGAACCAUCAACCAGCUUCUACUCAGCUAGGGAUUAUUCAACAGACCAGGCUUCAUCGCCUGCAUCACUGGAUGCAAAUACCACUGCCCAAAAAUUGGGAAAUGCUUACGUUGUUGGUCACGAAUCGACCCUAGACCAUUUAGUCCCCCUGUUCGAGCAAAAGCUAGCCGACCCAUUGGGACGUUACUCAAUCAAUGAUUUGGCCUCCGAGCUCAAUGGACUGGUACUUGAGAGCUACUCCAGCUGGUUGGAGGAUGUCCGACUCUCAAUUCCUGGCGCUUCUCCUGCCACAGCUCGAGCUACGUCCGAAGCUUGUUCUCAUCUCGGCGGAUGGUAUAAGGGAUAUGGUCAUGAUCAGUGUGACAAUUGCCAUUUCUGGAAGCCCUUGUACGUUCUUACUUGCGCUGGAUGUGGCACCAAGGGUUGCAUCCGUUGCAAAUUUGUGUUUGGUCAUCAUUGA